AUGGCCGGAGAUCCGCAGAGCGGUCCACUGAUGGACCUGGAGAAGGAGCUGUCAUGCUCGAUAUGUACCGACGUGCUUUACCAGCCGCUGACGCUGCUCGACUGCCUGCACACCUUCUGCGGCGCCUGCUUGAAAGAAUGGUUCUCAUGGCAGGCCCAGAGCGCCACCACUGCCCACCCGUACACCUGCCCGUCAUGCCGCGCCUCUGUGCGCGCCACCCAGCCCAAUGCCACCGUCACCACCCUUCUUGACAUGUUUCUACAUGCAAACCCGAGCCGUGGCAAGACCGACCAGGAGAAGGACGAUAUGCGGAAAGUGUACAAGCCCGGCGAUAAUGUGUUACCGAAGCUACGCAGGAGACGGCAUGACGACUCAGACGAGGACGACCGCCGCAUGCUCGAGGAAGUGCGCCUGCUGAGUCUCCAGGAGGUUGGUGUCAGCAGCAGCGGCAGUGACACUCUUAGCCCGCCCACCGAGAGCCGCCGGCGGAACCGUAGCCGUGAACGUGAGGAGAGGCGCCGUAGAGCCAGGGACGCUUCGGCAUCAAGGGGUGCUCAGCAAGAGGUUGAGAGGAGCCGCGACACGUCUCCGAGGCCACGUCGCGUGAUCGAGCACCAGGCCAGCUUGCGGUCGCUUCUGAGUACAUCGGACUUUGAUUCGCAAGAGAUGGAGGAGGAGAUUAUGCGUCAAAUCAGGGAAGAUGGUCUGCUGGAUGGCAUUGAUCUGGAGAACAUUGAUGCUUCUCAAGAAGAGGAAAUCACGGAGAGGAUAGCGGCUGCGUUCCGUCCGCAAGCCAUUCCGCUACGCGCCAGGUGGAUGGAGACCGGCCCACCAGAAGACCGCGCGCACGAGCAGAGAGUGCUACCCAGGAAGCAGUCCAACAAGCAGCACAAUCCCAAUCCCAGACCCAGCUCCAGCCUCAGUCCCAGCCUCAACCGCAAUCGCAGUCAAAUUCGCACUCUCGACCGCCUGUCUCUCGUCCGCAUCUAUUUGAGGCUGUCAAUGGCGGAUCCCGGGAAGGAUCGCGAGUUCGGUCCUCAAGCCAGGAUAGCAGUCGUUCCGGGCGCCGCCAUAACCACAGAGGUCUGUCAAUUGACUCAACCAGGCCUGCGGUCCGUUCUGCGACAGAUCUCACAAACCGGCCACAAACCACGCAGGAAGGAAAUGCAAUAG